AUGGAGGUCUUCACACUCGUCUUUAAACACCUCAUAUCAAACAGUUUCUACCCAGUGCCGCACCCAGCCAUCGGGGUGGGCAGUGCCUUCGAAGGUUGGAGUCCCCGGGAAGACGAUGUUGUUUACCGCAUGUUUAUACCCCUAAGUUCCCCUCGGGGGUUUGACUUCCACCUGGAGCUGGACACUGCAGGACAGAUGCCUGGGAGGAACUUCCGCAUCCAUGUGAAGCCAGUAUGCAUCUGCAACAGUGAGCAGGAGGACAACAACGUGCCGUGCCUGCUCCACCACUCCAAGGAGGAGCUGCAGAAUCAGGGCCCCACCCUGCUAGACACCCUCUGCACUGGCUUCUACCUAGAUGUGCAGAAAACUGCCCACUGGUUCUACCAACUGGUGAAAAAGACCUGGGUGGUUUUGCCUCAGUCAAAGAAGUGGCGUUUAGUGCUGAUGCCCAUCAGCCGCUCCUGCAAAUUCAAGGUGACCAGAGCCACAGAAAGCUAUGUGGUUGAGGUGCUGUUCGGGGUGCAACGGGGAGACUCAGACAUCUUUGUGAGCUGCCAGAAUAUAGAGGCCCUCUUCACCCCAAGAACAGUGUGGCCUGAGACCUACGCCGUGGCAGAGGCAAAGUUCUUCAGGCACAUCGCCGAGUGGGCCCCACAUGACAGCAUGCACUGCCAGUGCCUGCAGCUCUAUGCUCGUCUUCUGGUGGGCAGUGGCUUUUCCACCUAUACCUUGAAGACUAUUGUGAUGAGGCAUUUCGUGCCUCGGAUGAAGGAUAUCUUGGAGUACCUGCGCCGCUCCGUGAAGGAGAAAUGCCUUGAACACUUCAUUGUUGGCAACAAGGUGCUUCAUCAGAAUAUAAUCUUGCCUCUGGACAUCAAAACUGCUGACCCACACAACCUCUUCCAUCACCUGGAGCAUGAUCUGCUCACCUACACCAAGAUGAGGAAUGAGUUCUGUUAUCUACAAAACCGGCUCAUAGUAAUGCUGCUCUCCGGCCGUUAA